ACAAAGUUGUAACAAUUAGUUUUGCUACUUGUACAGCAACCUCAACAUUUCUAUCAGAAUACAAAUACAGAUACUACGACGACGGCGAUUACUACGACUACUACGAUUACUACUACGACUACUAAUAAUAAUCCCGAGGGGAAAACAUGUAUCAACCUCAUGAGUUUUUCUUGACCCAAAAGAAGAGAGUCCCGGAACAAUUCCACUCCAAUACCUUUAGGAUAUUUAAUGAGAAGUUGCCAGAAAGCCUGGGACGUGAACGAUACAAUCACAGUUAUGUGUUUCGAAGGAACAGCUCAUUACUAGACCAUCAGAGUUCACCGAAUAUACACAACAUACCUCAGCCUUACUAUGCUAAAUGCAUCACAACUAAUGUCAGAACCUUUAAUGAUCCAAUAUAUUACAUGGAAACAGAAAACCAGGGUAAUUGGAGACAAAGUGCACCAGACAGCAAGUUGCAGCACCCUCCACCGUAUAGCAGAGACAGCACCCAGAGAAGUGAUUUCACGUCCUUACCGCAGACACAUAUUCUGAAUACAAGAUAUGGAGCAAACCCAAAUAAAUCUCCUGCUUCAGGAAUUGUUCCAACUGCAAGUCCAAAUGCAACACCAAAGGUUUUACUUGAGAAGAUGUCUUUCAUCCACCAGUAUGAUUCGAGGAAAUGGGAGAAUGAACCAAUUCGAGGAAGGCGUCAUGGAGCCUUUGUGUGGAGAGAGAUAAGGCCAACGAGUGGGCUUAGGCCUCCCAGUGGAGCAGAUGCAUUCCUGAGCACUGAAAGGUCACGUUCACUACCAGCACAGCAGAGAGCAGAGAAAGGAAGUACAGGGGAAGGCAAGAUGACCUCACUUGAGCAUGUCUCACAACAUCCCCCACAGAUGUUGGACUUUGGAACUCACUUAUUGAAAACAGACCUAAAGGAAGCAGCCAAGGCCUAUCCCAAGAUUCCCGCCCAAGAUCAAGCUAAGCUGGGCGCUCCUCAGGCAGCUGGAAUGGACAGUGUUCCAGCUAAAGGGGAGGGCGUCCACGCAGAUCCAAUCCUGACUUCUCUUGAACAGAAAUGCCAGGGCAGGUCCAAUAGUUUGCAUAGCAAUGUUAGCACACCAAAACUACCCUCCUCCACUGCAAUAUGCAGCCCACCAUCUGCUAAUGCACAAGUGGACACACUUGUUCCAACCAUCGACAAUAACUCCAGACACCAGCUGACACCAGUGGGCAGGCAGUUAGAUUGAACACUGAAACCCUUUGGUUUAAUAGCAGCUGGUCUACUUUGAUGUGAUCUAGGAAUUAUAUUCUAUGGGUUUGAGGGCUCUAUCACAUAGAAAAGAAUUUGAUGCAGUGGGAAUUCAUAAACCUAAAAAUAAAAUUUUAAAAAAAAAAUAUAUAUAUAUAUAUGUAUUUUCUUACACUGUAUUUGUUUGUACUUCUGUUACUAUCUCCCUCUGCUUAAUAUGACACUUUUACAUUAAACUGCAUGCCCCUCUUUCUUUUACAUGUUAGUUUGUUGUUGAGAACUUUUAUUUUUUUUUAAAAAGCAGUAAGAUUGGACAAUUUACUGUAUUAAAAAGUUUUGACACCAUGUAGUAAUAGUUUCGUACAGUACAUGGGUAAUAUUGAUUUUGUUGAUUUUCAGCUUGAUGUAUAUUAUGGCCAAUAUGUUGUACAUGUACAGUAUAAUAAAAUAAGUAUUAUCAAACAGUUUUUAAAUCAGUGCAUUAAGUAGCACAAAGUGUUGUUUGUGGAUUUUUACAUCAUAA